UGCUGCUUCAGAUACAAAGUCACCACGAUGGAUCAGCUCACAUUUGAGAGGAAUAAUCGGAAGCGUAUCCAAGAAGUGGAAAAUACUUUCGGUCCAUCGGGGACGCCCUUGUCCAGAUCGAGUCGGGUUCUGAUGGGAGAGGGCAUCCUGAUGAAGCAGGGUCGCAAGAAGUGGGAACGCAAGGCCUUCUUUCUCUUCAACGAUGUUCUGGUGUACGGCAGCAUCAUCAUGAACGACCGCUGGUACAAAAACCAGAAGAUCAUCCCUUUAGAGGAUUUGAAGCUGGAGGACAUGGAGGACGGGGUCAGAUUCAAGCACCAGUGGUUGAUCUCCACACCUUUCAAGUCCUUUAUUGUGGCGGCUCAGUCAUACGAGGAGAAGCAGGCCUGGAUGAAACACAUCAGCGACUGCCAGAGUAGUCUGGUGCAGGACGGCAGCUGCAAGCCGAGCGCCGUCUUUGCUGUUUCCUGGAUUCCUGAAGAUGCAGCCGAGGUAUGCAUGCGCUGCUUCCGCAAGUUCACCGCCAUCGUCCGUCGACACCACUGCAGAAAGUGUGGCAUUUUGGUUUGCAACCAGUGCUCCAAGCAGCGAGCGGUCAUACAUCACAUCCACCCCACUAAGCAGCUGAGGAUCUGCAAACUCUGCCACGGCAUAAAUAAGGAAGAGAACAAGUCCCGCCUGAGAGGAGACAGUGCUGGAAAUUGUAGCUUAGAGGAUCAGGAGUGGGACUCUUGAGUCAUGACAAGCAGACGGAGGGGAACCUGGGGAAAGAUGGCUACUUUUGUUCCCUAAACUCAUGUAAACAAUAAUUACAUCAUGUUUCUAACUUUAGCCAUUCAGGUGAGGUCACAUAAAGAGAAAAGUGAGUCAGUGUAAGGAUCGUCACCCAGCAGGUUAUAUUUUGACACCUGUCAACUCUGACCUCAUUUGAAACUUUAUAAACUCUUACAUGUAACCUUGUUUAUCUGAUGGGAGGAGCAUGAAACAGAGGAUGAAGAAGAAAGAACUGCAGCGACACACUUGUAACAAAGACAAUGGGACUUGCAAGUGGCAUUAAAUUGAUCUAACUGCAUAAAGAAAGAUGAAAAAAAAGAAGAAAAUGAAAUAUAUUAUUUGUAAAUAUUUGUUAUUGUCCUUGGUUUAUAGAAACUCUCUGUUGGUAACCUUAUUUUUACUGUUUGUACAUGAAUAAGAAUUUGCACUUUAUAUACAUUCUUUGCAGCUACAAAAACUGAGAAUAAUAAACGGCCUUUAAAU